AGUAAUUACUUUUUAUACCAAUUCGCAAUUCGAAGCUACCUUUUUUCAGUUAUUUCAAGUUCUAAAUCAAAAAUCAGGCUAUAUCUCAAUCAUUCAUACCGAAAAUUUAUAGAAGAAAAAAAACUAAAGCAACCGCUCUUAGUUGAACAACUUAGUCAAAUUGACUCAAACUUUUCACGGCGAACAAGUUGACGACACAUGUGAUUCAAUUGGCAAAUAACUUACAUUCUCCCACUUACUGUUCACUUUACAGGUCAUGGUCAUAACUUUUUGUGCUUGAUUUACAAACCUUUUCAACUUCACCAUUUCAAAAAAAUGAUCUGACCGAAACAUAUUUUUUAUAGCUUCAAAAGCACUAUUAUCUUUGAAGUUAUAUAACUCAAGUUUUCAAUUCUAAUUCGUGCUUUCUUUUCAGUUUACCUGAGAUUUGACGCUGCUAGUUUCGAAUAAGUUGAUUAAAUUUUUCGAGAAUGUCUUGUCCAAUUCCUGAUCACUCCAACUCCUCAGAUUACGAUUAUCUUGACAGAGGGUCUUCAAAUGCUUCCAAUUUCACAACUUUUAGUGAUAUUGACUUUUCCUCUCUUGAUAAAAUUGACCCUUCGGCUAUUCUGUUACCCCUUCAAUGGACAAUUGCUUGCAUCGGAAUAAUCGGCAACAUUCUUGUCGUCAUCAUUUACAAAGGCCGACGAGAAAAAUCACCAAGUGAAGUUUUCAUCGUUACAAUGGCUGUUCUAGACACACUUAUGUGUCUGUUUUCUAUAUUUUUUACUGGCUCUAAAGAUUAUCUUUUCCCUAAGAAUUGCUUCUGGUUUUGCUCGGCGGGGAAUUUCGCGUUUGAUACCGUGAACACUGCUUCGGCCGUUCUCACACUAAUCGUGUGUAUCAAUCGGUACUUCGCAGUUUGCAACCCCCACUCGUAUAGAACUGUUUUUGCUGACGAAAAAACGGUGCUAAUUCUGCUGUUUUGCAUCCUCGUGUCAGUUCUCAACUGUCCUUUGGGACUACUUAUGUGUGUCAAGUUUCGAUCCGGCGACAUGCUGCCCUGUCCGUGUAACGAAGUCAUCUACGACACUCCAGAUAUCGAUAUAUUGAAGCUACUCUGGGUUCUAAUUCGCACUCUAAUGCUGCUGGUUAACGCUGCUACCAUGAUAUACGUGUAUCCUAAGAUUUUCUGCAGCAUGAAAGAACGUUCUAGAAGGAUGCGCAAGCUGACGUCAUUUCCGGCGAUGACAUCAGGGGCUGUGAAAUUCUACAACAACGCAGCUGACAAGGAAAAAAUGACAGCUGUCGUUUCAAUUUGUGUUUUGACCCAGGGAUGCAGUUCGGGGACGGACAAGGGCGAAAAAGUGAAGUCAUCAAAAGAUCUAGGGGCGACUCCUAAACAAAGCAUCAGAGUUCAUCGAGACGGAAAGUUGACCACGACCCUGGUAACUGUGACCAUCGCUUACGUCACACUUAUGACACCUGACAUAAUCGUUCAUGUGAUUGACACUUUUGCCCUGCUCGAUAAUGGACAAUUCGACUUGAUCAGAACUAUAACUCAGACCCUGUAUCUGCUCAACUUCGUGAUCAACCCUUUCAUUCAUUUCUGGGUCAACAGCUACUUCAAAAGUGAAGUGCAAAGAAGGUUCUUUGGCUGCAAAGGUCAUAACUUGUGCAGCUCAAAUACAUUCUAGAACAUUCUAAAACAUUCUGAAACUUCGUGAUCAACCCUUAUUCAUUCAAUUUUGGGUGAGCAGCUACUUCAAAAGUGAAGUCCGAAGAAGGUUCUUUGGCUAAAAAGGUCAUAACGUGUGCAGCUCAAAAACAUUCCAGAACAUUCUGAACAUUCCGAACAUUCUAAUUAACUACCGAUAAAACAACCGUCAAAAUUGAAAAACAAUGCUAACAAAUUAUCAUUUUGUGCUAUAUGUCCAUUCUUACCAUAAAAUAAAAUGUUUUGUCAAAAAAUUAUACUAAAACAAAAUGACUGUAAUUAAUUAGUUUAUUUGAUUUGAGUUACGUGGGUAUUCAAUACACAGGGUUUAUUACUGAAUGAAUAAACAGCAAUAAAAGUGCAUUGUUGGUGAGGUUUAUUUUGUAAUAAAUUGUACUACAGAAUGUCAUAUCUUUGAUAAGUCAGCUCAAAAGGAUCUUGUUAACUAUUUUUUCCUCUAUGGUGCAUUUUAACGAACGAAUGUUGCAUUUUUCUCCCUACCAAGAAUUGAAAAUUAAGCAUAUACGAUUUUUGUACCUUGUAAGGAAACCCCUAUUCCCUAACAAGAUCCGCAGAAAGUCCCAGAACAAUCAUUUGAGAGCCAUAAUUUAGUCAUACAAAUUAAAUUGAAUUAGUAUCAUGAUUAAAUAAAAUGUUUUGUGUCAUCUAGAUUUCAAGAAGUUACUUCAGUGUUUCUUGUUUGAUGUUAUU